AUGCGAAAGGAUGAAGAUGCUGAGGCAGUGACGGUGACGGCCGGUGACGGUGACAGUGUUGAAGUUAAUCAUCGAGAAUUUCAAAUUAUUUCAAAUCCGUAUUCAACUCAUUCAAACAACAAUCAACAUCAAUUCACUUCAUUUCUCAUGACCAAAAACAUCCCUUUCCCAAGGACACCCCAGUCUGGACAACCGGAGCUUGCUCAACGUAAUCAGCCGUUGUCGAAAAAGGUCGAAAGAUAUCAUCAACAUUGUGUCUUAUCAGAAGUUCAAUCGAUAAAGGAUAUCUAUGACGUAUCAUGGAAAUAG